UUUCACUCUCUGCAUUGCAGCCCGAGCGCUGGCUGCCGCCGGAACACAACAAUGGCGACUCCCAGUCCGAACGGCAACUCCACGGGCUCCGGCAAUAUUCUGGGAGCCACGUCGCAUCACCUUCACCAACAGACACAGAGCAGCAGCAUGCAAGAAACCAACACCUGCUGGAGAUGUCAAAAUGAAACAGGGUUUCAGAUAAGCCUGUCCGGAGUGCCCCAAAGCAAACGUAAAGCUCUAAAGUUAAAUUUCGCCAACUCUCCAGUGAAGCCGACCUCCAGGCUUCCGCUUCAUCCCACGGCUCCAUCGUUCCAGAAUCCUCACAUAGAGCGCCUGCGGACACACAGCAUCGAGUCGUCCGGGAAGCUGAAGAUCUCCCCGGAGCAGCACUGCGACUUCACCGCGGAGGACCUGAGAGACCUCGGGGAGAUCGGCCGCGGCGCCUACGGCUCAGUCAACAAGAUGGUCCAUAAACCGACGGGCCAGAUCAUGGCAGUCAAGAGGAUUCGCUCCACUGUGGACGAGAAGGAGCAGAAGCAGCUGCUGAUGGACCUGGACGUGGUGAUGAGGAGUAGCGACUGUGACUACAUCGUCCAGUUCUACGGCGCCCUCUUCAGAGAGGGCGACUGUUGGAUUUGCAUGGAGCUCAUGUCUACCUCAUUAGACAAAUUCUACAAAUAUGUAUAUUGCGUAUUAGAUGAUGUCAUUCCAGAGGAAAUAUUAGGCAAAAUAACAUUAGCUACCGUUAAAGCACUGAAUCACUUAAAAGAAAACUUGAAAAUAAUUCACAGAGACAUCAAACCUUCCAACAUUCUAAUGGACAGAAGGGGAAACAUCAAACUGUGUGACUUCGGCAUCAGCGGCCAGCUGGUGGAUUCCAUAGCCAAGACUAGAGAUGCAGGCUGCAGGCCUUACAUGGCACCUGAAAGGAUAGACCCCAGUGCUUCCAGACAGGGCUACGACGUCCGCUCCGACGUUUGGAGCUUGGGAAUCACCUUGUAUGAGUUAGCCACAGGAAGAUUCCCAUACCCCAAGUGGAAUAGUGUUUUUGAUCAGCUGACACAAGUGGUGAAAGGAGAGCCUCCACAGCUCAGCAACUCGGAGGAGAGGCAGUUCUCCCCAAAGUUCAUCAACUUCGUUAACCUAUGCCUUACAAAAGACGAGUCAAAGAGGCCAAAGUACAGGGAGCUUCUGAAACACCCGUUUAUUCUGAUGUACGAGGAGCGCUUCGUGGACGUGGCCAGCUACGUGUGUCGCAUCCUGGAUCAGAUCCCCGCCUCGCCCGUCUCCCCUAUGUACGUCGACUGAUGCCAAGAAGAGCAUUCCCAUCGGAGGAGGAGGGAGGGGUCCUUUAACGUCCAGAGUGGGGUGGUACACUAAGCUUUGUGAUGCGAUGCUUGUCAACUUAGCCUUCAGUUAUGUAGGAUCACCUGUUUGUUCACACGUUCCAAAGAACAAAGGAAUUAAAUCCAAACUUCCCAGUGCAAUGAAAUGAAAAUCCCCCAAAAAAGAGAAACAUUUUCCAGUCAUUUUAAGAUCCCAAAAUAAUCUCUUCCACGUUAAAGCAGAGACACUUGAAGCAGCUUCUUUGUCUUAGUAAAGCGCAAUGCAUCUUUUUAUGUGACACAAAGAAUAGAGUAUACAUAUAUACAUGGAAUCUAUAUAUAUAUAUAGAUAUAUAUAUACUUGAACUUGUUCACAAAAAUCUACCAAAUGAAAUUGUGUGGAGCUUAUGAUGUAUGAACAGAACAGCAAACUAACGGAUUGUACGUUGUAUGCAUAUUGUCUUCGCCUAAAAUAACGACUUGUAUGGAUUAUUGCUGAUACACCUUGCUGUCUAAAAAUCACACAUUUUGCUGUGAGCACCGUCACACACAGUCAAUGAAUGGAUAUGCAAAUGUUUCUUUUCGGAAAGCUAAUGCUAGCGGGGCUUUACUUUUUUUUUUUCCCCCUAAUAUGCAAUCUGUGACGGCUUGUCUUAAAUGUUUUAUCUUCUUACACCUACUGCAGUGCUGGGCUCAGUGUGUGAGCUUUGACCUUUUUGUUUAAGUCACUUAACUAGGUAUGUACUAUUCCAGAAGAACAUUUUCAGUUAGCUAUUGAUGCUAACCACCCAAAACAAAGUGCACACAGUCAGGUAAGCUGUUAGUUAAUGGCGGAGACACAGGAAAAAAACAGCAUUGUUGUACAAGACGCUUUACCAAAAAGAGAAGAAGUUUAUUAUAAAGACUUCUGGGAAAGAUAAACUCAGCUAGUAUUGAAAUUAGGAGCUUUCUGUGAUGUUAAGCCUUUCACAUAGCAUGUUGCUAAAUCCUAUUUCUCCAUAAACGUUUCGUAAAGGCAAGCGCCUAACAGUUGACACAUGGUUUAAUUUUUAGGUUUGUUACAUAUAAAGCUGUUAGUCUCUGGAUCUUUGAUUGAUAUUUUUUCAAUUUGAUUAAAUAUGUGACCUGUAGUUGUUACUUUUUAUCCAAAGAAACUUGCAAAGCAUUGAAAACCAAACAUUUAACCAAAUAACUUAAAAAAAAGAACCAAAGGCCUGUUUUCUCUGAAAACAGGUUUUAUUUGCUAAUUGUACAUUGACAUGGAAUAUAUACAUUAAUAAUUUAAACCUACCAAAAGUUGUUAGCUUACCAGUGUUAUAUAAAUUCCUUUUUUAACACUCUUGCUUUUGACUGGCUAUCAUAAAUACCAUAAGUUACAGUUGGUUUAGACAUACUUGCUUCAUAGCUAAGUACCAGACAACGAAGAAAUUAUGUUUUCUGUUUUUAUAUAAAUGUAGUACAAAUGAAAAUAAUCCAUACUAACAGUGCUUUUAUUUAUUUUGUCACAACUAGCUAACAAGCGGCCUAAUUAACUAGAACUUGCAUCUGGGUUAGCUAGCUGUUUACUACAGCUACUUAGGCCGCUUGUUAGCUAGCUGUUUGCUACAGCUAGUUAGGCCGCUUGUUAGCUAGCUGUAGCAAACAGCUACAUGCUAGUGUGUUUGCUAAUUUAGCAAAAAAUUAUACAGUUUCCACCUUGUUAGACCACAAACUCUGUAGCAAACAGCUAGCUGACAAGCGGCCUAACUAGCUGUAGCAAACAGCUAGCUGACAAGCGGCCUAACUAGCUGUAGCAAACAGCUAGCUGACAAGCGGCCUAACUAGCUGUAGCAAGCAGCUAGCUGACAAGUGGCCUAAGUAGCUGUAGCAAACAGCUAGCUAACCCAGAUGCAAGUUCUAGCUAACAGAAAUUUUAGCUGACUGUUAGCUAGCUAAAGCUGUCACAUCUAACAGUUAAAUACAUUAUAAACGGAUAGUUGAUAUGUUUUGCCAAUUUAGCAAAAAUUAUAUAGUUUCCACCUUGUUAAACCACAAACUCUGUUCUAUACAUAUUAGUGCAUUUGUUGAAAAUUAUAGAAGGUUCUGCUUCAAAGUCACGCUCAUAAAGCUUCAUGAACAUUAUCACCAGCUGAUUUCUGAAACAGGAAGACGCUUAGUUCUGUGACUAAAACAAUAAGGCAACACACACAGAGAAUCAAACCUUAGGUUAAUCCAAUACUACAUUGCCUGAUGUAAAGUUACUUUCGGAUGUUGUUUUCACUGAUGUAAAUAGAUAUGUAUAUAGCCAUCCUCACCUGCUGUUCUUGGCAGGUUCUGCUCAGAUCUUUUAAUGCUCGUUCCUAAAACAUGGUGAUCAUGUCAGACAGGAGAGGAGAUGUGGCUUCGUACUGAGAAAUGUUACCAUAUAGACUGGUUUUUUUUGUUUGUUUGUUUUUUCUCCUCAACAGCCUGUCUUAGCACUGUACAGUCAAACUCACCCAUAAUGCUCACAGAUCCUCCAUGCUGCCACAUACAGGCAUGCAGUAGUAACUACAGCUCCACAUGUUCUGACAGCUUCUUUCUGUCAAAUAAAAGAAAUAGACGGAACAACGGUAAAAUGCUGCUAAUCACAUGCUACCAACUUCCAUACCACAACUGUUGAGAGGAGGAAAGACUCUCCUCGCUUCGUCUCCCGCCCUUUGACCCCUCAGGUCACCCUGGAGCCUGCAUGUCCUCUGGUGAUCCAGCAUGCGUCUGGGCUGAACCCAUCAUGCCAUUUCCUCGCCUAUCAAUUUGUUUGACCCAAACGUGUCAUAGCGUCCUAGAACAGGUCCGACCACGAAGACCCGAGAAGAGCAGUCAGACUUCAAGGAGGUAGCUUCUCAACAAAACACUUAAUGCAACACUAUAGAGGUCCAUCAUCCAAUAAAUUUAAAUGUGUAGGAAAAUAUAUGAUAAAUAAUAAUAAAAUUCUCAUUGUGUUAAAUCUAGAGUGAAAUUCACUGGUUUUAUCACCAAAUAUGCUGCAGUUUCUGAGAAGCAAAUGGAUGCUGCCAUUGUGGCUCAAAUCCAAAAGGAAGUGGUAUUCUUGAUGAGGUUGAUUUAUUAUUUUUGGCAGUUUAUUCUCAUCUGAGUCACAUCUGGGUUUUUUUUUCUGUGACGUUGAGCCAAAAGAAAUGUUUUCAAAUACUUUAGUGGUGCUUUAAUAGUAAGAAUGUAGAGGAUAAAACCAUACCAGCACCCUUACCCUAUAUGACAUUAGAAAUGGGCUGUAUGCUCAGUUAAAUGGUUGUACAAUUCAGCUAUAGCAGUUUACAAGAUUAGUUAAAUAGUAUUAGUCUGCUGGAGUAUUACUGGUAUCGUUACAUUUGGGAUAGUCAAUGAAAAUGCAUAUGUUUGGUUUAUUAUGGGUCUCUACAGCCGUUAGCUGUGCCAUACCUCCCAUUGUGUGGGUGUACAUCGCGUCAUUUUGUUAGGAACAGUGAACGGUCUUUUUUUUUUUUUUUUUACCUGUUCGGGAAAGCAAAACAUUAACAACCACCAGAUUAAAUUCUGUCAUAAGGAGUUCUUGUCAGGCCUGUACUUUUCGUCUCCUUCCGGAAUGGCAGUAGAUGGCGCCGUUUUCCCUGCAGAUCUGCGGGGUUUAUUCUGCGUUUCCAGGAAGUUCACUUUGCCACUGGCGAAUAUGAGUCUGCAGGGUACAUGUUGUACAAAUUGCAAUUUACCAGAAUGUUCAUAUUAGAAUAUAAGAUGAUAUUAAGGGCAAUGAAUAUUAUAAGGUAUGUUUAUUGAGGGUUACAAUAAAAGUUCCCCAUGAAAAAGAC